AUGUGGUGUUCGGAGCUGCUCUUAACACUGCUGUUCAUCAUCAAAGAUGCCAGCUGCCAGUGGAACGUCUGGGUACCGCGGGACAUCUCGGCCAUGACCAACUCCUGCGUGGUCAUCCCCUGCACCUUCAUGUAUCCGUCCGGCGUCAGGCCGUACCGCGGCAUUCACGGUAUCUGGUACUUCGGCCAGCCCUACCCGCAACUCUUCCCUCCGGUAGUCUUCAAAACGCGCACAGACGUGGUGCACGAGAGCUACAAGGGCCGCACCAAGCUGCUGGGCGACCUGAACCAGAGGAACUGCACUCUGCUCAUCAACAACAUCGGCACAGAGCACUCGGGGAGAUACUACUUCCGCGCGGACCUCGGUGGAGCCAACAUGUACACGUACCCAGACUUCGCUGAGCUCAAAGUUCUUGAUCAGCCCAGCAUUGACGUCCCAGAGGAGAUAGUCAGCGACGAGAAUCUUGAGUUGACAUGUUACGCUCCUGACAACUGUCCCGAGAUGACACCGGAGAUCCAGUGGAUGUACACCGACUACCUGCCCGACCCUGAGUUCUCUACCGACUACCUGGAGGAGAGCAACACGGCCGUGCUCUCCAGCACCCUCACCUUCGUCCCCAGGCCCAUGCACAACGGACAGCUGCUGGGCUGCAGGGUCUACUACCCCAACACCACGCUGGUCUACGAGAGGCUCGUCUCUCUGGACGUCAAGUACGCUCCCCGCUCGGUGUGGGUCAACGUGUCCUCGGAGGUGAUGGAGGGCAGCUCCGUGGUGCUGCACUGCGAGGUGGAGAGUAACCCUGUGUCCAGGAUCUCCUGGAUGUUUGGAGACCAAGAGCUGUUGUGGGACACGGCGUCCAACAUCUCGCUCCCCCUGGAUGAUUUGACGCCAGCACAGGAGGGAAUCUACACCUGCGUUGGUGACAACGGUUACGGGAUGAUGAACACCUCACUGUACCUGGCUGUCAAGUACCCUCCACGUGAGCCUGUGGUGAACGACUCUAUGAUUGUGGCAGAGGGCACCACACUGGCCCUGCACUGCAGCACCCAGGGCAGCCCGGCCCCGACCCUCACCUGGCUGAAGGACGGGGAGCUGGUGGGCACCAUCACCGCUGACGAGCUGUCCGUGCUGGAUAUCGCGAAGAUCACACCGCAUGGAGACGGACAGUACCGCUGCCUGGCCGAGAACGAGCACGGCCGAGCCAGCAGCUCCUUUAACAUCACUGUUGAGUAUGCCCCCGUCCUGCUCGAGGAGUCAAAGUGCACAGUGGUGAGGGAGGGUGUCCAGUGCGUCUGCAUAGCCACGGGAAACCCCGAGCCCACCAUCGAGUUCUACCUGCCCGACCUGAACAUCACCAUCAACGAAACCGACGGCCGGUACAACUUCUACACGCACACGGACGGACACACCUCCACGGGCAUGAUCAAGCUGCGGGAGAAAGGAGAGCGGGUGGACAACGGCGGCCCGGCCGUCAACGUCCACUGCGGCUUCUUCAACUCGUACGGAAGAGAGAGCGUACUUCUGGAGCUGCAGCAGGAGAAAAAGUACAUGAUGGCAGUUAUCGUUGGCACCAUCGGAGGAGUAGCGGUCAUAGCCUUCAUCAUUGCAGCAGUGAGAUACGUUGGCCACAACAACAAGAAAGAGAAUGGCAACCCUAGACAGGAAGUGGUCCUGGAGAACCCAGCGUUGUACUACAGCGCAGUCAAGAAGGACAAACAAAAUCUGAGGAAGAAAGUGCUUAAGACAGAGCUGUUGGGCUCAAAGUUUAACUCCAUUCUAGAGGAGACUACGGGAGAAGACGGGGAUUAUCCACCUGUGGGCUCUUUGGCAGGACUGGAGAAGCAAGAGCUGAAUUAUGCCGCUCUGGAGUUCAUCGGGGCCAGGCCCAGGGAGGGGGCCUCAGGGAGGGGGGAUGACGGCAGCAACUACACGGAAAUCAAAGCCAAAUGA